AUGGCGUCCCUCCAAGUCCGCAACUUCUCCAACACCAAGCAAAAGGCGCUCGAGGACGCCAACAAGAUGCAGGCCCUCGUCGAAGACGAGUGUGCCAAAGAGGGCAAAGAGCCGCCGCCGUACCAGCUGCAAGAGCUCAUUGGUAAGGGCAACUAUGGCCGCGUGUACAAGGCCAAGGACCUCAAGCACGACCGCGUCGUCGCCGUCAAGAUCAUCAACAUUGAGGAGGGAGACACGCUCAACCCAAAGUUUGCCGACACAUACAGCGAGUUCAUGAAGGAGUUUAACACGUUGAAGCGACUAAGCGAGAGCGGCGCGAAGAAUAUUAAUCUGACGCUAGAUGUCCUGCCGGUUGGGCAGACGAUGUGGAUGGUGACGGAAUAUUGUGCCGGAGGGAGUGUCGCGACGCUGAUGAGGCCGAGUGCGCCGGGGGGUUUGCAAGAGAAGUGGAUUAUCCCGAUCGUGCGUGAGGUCGCCGAGGCAAUUUACUGGGUGCAUAAAGAAGGUAUCAUCCAUCGCGAUAUCAAGUGCGCCAAUGUGCUAGUCACUGAGGCCGGCGGCGUGCAGCUGUGCGAUUUUGGUGUGGCGGGCAUUAUCGAGAGCAAGUUGGAUAAGAGGACCACGUUUAUCGGGACCCUGCACUGGAUGGCUCCAGAGUUGUUCGAUCCUGAGCCGUCUUACAGCACACCGGUGGAUAUCUGGGCGUUUGGAUCGUUGGUGUACGAGAUCGCGUCGGGCCUGCCGCCGAACGCGAUGCAAGGGUUCAAUAUCUCGCAGCUGGGGCAGCACAUUAAGCACCAUGACGUGCGGCUUGAGGGAGAUCAGUACUCGGACAACUUGAAGGAUUUAGUGGCAUUUUGUCUGGUCGAGGACCCCGCCAAGCGCCCGACCAUCGAAGAGGUUCAGAAGCAUCCGUACAUUUACAACACAGAGGAGGCUUAUCCGACCUCGUCGCUGUCUCAGCUCGUCAAGGCCUACAAGUUGUGGGAAGCGCAGGGCGGCACGCGCAAGUCUCUUUUCGCACCGGUCGGCGCACAAGGGCCGGAUGAUAUGGACUCGGGGUCGGCGAACUUGAUUGAUGACGAGUGGAACUUUAGCACGACGCUCGACUUUGACAUGCAGGUCAUGAACGCCGACGCGAGGACAGUGUACGAUGUGUAUGGGUCGAAUGUUGAUUUCGAGUUCCAGGAGCCGACUUCGCGACCGAUCAAGAAAGGACGAAGAAGACUGCCGCCGCAGCUGCAGCCGCUCAAGCAGCCACUAGAGAAGGUCUUUGACCCGAAUACCAUCUCAAAUUAUGAGGAGAAUUCCCGAGCUUACUACGGUCGUGGACCUCCGACUGUGACAGCGACGGCGCCUCCUAAGACAUCCGACCUGCCGCUGCGCGAUAAUUCGUUGCACUCGACCCUCCGCGAGUCGCUGAUCGACCUCGACGCCGGCCUCUACGAAGGCCCUGGGGGCGACUACUCCUCCAACUACGUCGACAUGGCGACCAUCCGCGGGGCCAUGCGUCUGCCCAGCGAUGUUGAGGACAAUGCUGACGGCGGCGACGUGGACGGCGACGCCGACGACUACAACAAGCCCCCUCUAAGCGACCCCGUCGACCUGGAUCCAAAGAGGCGCACCCAAGACUGGAAAUUCCCGACCAUGAUCCCGCCGGCGUCGGCGAACCCUGAUGUCUCACGCUUCCCGAGUCACGAUGACGAUGCGCCCCGGUUUCCGGGGGGUAAUAGGCCGGUUCUGUACUCUCAUCCUGCGGCUGCUGCGCUUGGGUUCAAGCACACUGAUCCCUCAUCAUUCAAUGAUGCAUCGAGCAUACCGGCGGCAGAUAAUCGUGCGUCGGUGGGCAGUUUGAUCGAUCUGGACGAGAGUCUGCCGCCUGCCAUGCCGGAUCCCAUGACGAGGCCGGGGACGGGGUACUCUGAUGGAGCGUCGGUUGCUGGGUCAGAUUUGGGAGGGGCUGGGCCGUUCGAUCUCGAGCAGCGUGCGUCGAUGUACUUCCCCCCUUCGUCUGGAGGGGUGAGGGAGCCGUCGAUCUAUGUGUCGGAAGAGAGCGAUUUAGCAUUGGGAAAGAUCAUUACGACCACCCAGCCGGCUGUGCCGGUGGAUGAUCCCCCGCCGAGGUUCCCCAGCUUGUUGGUUGACGCUGACGAUGCCCCUCCACGCUAUCCCUCGCUGCUCAUCGACGAUCCUGCCCCAAGACAGCCGUCCCUCUAUGUGGACGACGUCCGCCAGCCCUCACUGCUCAUCGAAGACGGCGAUAUCCGACACCCCUCUCUCCUCGCCGACGUCCCCAGCGGACCAAGCAGCGUAACUGGCGGCCUAGCCAGCGGCCGCAACACCCCGGUCAUGGUGAUGCGCUCCGAGCCCCCUACCGCCGUGCAUUCCCGCGCGCCAAGCUACGACGAAAACGCAUCCGACUUUCCGGGCAUCAGAGAAGAAUCUGAAUCACCACAUCCCCAGGAGCUUCCGGCACCUCCCCCAGGCCCGCCGGGUCCUCCAGCCUGGCGUAAACCCCCUGGCCGCCGCGGCCGGUCCCACUCCAACGCCAGCCUGGGCAGUGCAACCUCCGGCUCCGGGCCAGGCCCGAUGCGGUUGCAACGUCCUCCGCCUCCAAGGAGCUCUUCUCGUGCCGCAGGGAAUUAUAUUAAUUUGCAGAUCAACCGCCCUCCCCAACCCCCAUCCCAACAGGCCCCCGAAGGGGCAGAAAGGGACUAUCUCCCUUCCCCCUCUCUACACCCCUCCCCCGCCCCGUCGCGAGGCCCCUCCCCUUCCCCGUCGCCCGAACCAUACCUUCCUUCGUCAUCAUCACUGGACAUGGGACACUCGCAUCUCCCUCCCGCCCCGGCAUUUCCGUCCGAUAGGGUGUUGCUCGGAGCAGCCAGUAAGGAGCAGGUGCGGGAGGAAGUGAUGAGGUUGCUUGCGAGCUUUGCGGCGCAGCUGGGGGCGACCAAGGGCGUUGUGAAGGGGCUGCCGGUGAGGAGGGUUGUUGUCAGACGGAGGGAGGGGCCAGCACCAAGUAUGGGAAAUGGCGGGUCACAAGGAGGGGGAUCGCAGGGAGGGCAGGGAGGUGCGGGGGGGAGGAGGGUGAGGGCUGAGACGCCUGUUGGGGCGGGGGUUUAG